CACAUUAACUGUAAUCACAGCCUAUUCAUUGAACCUACUUGUGCCAAGAGCCUAGCUACAUUUUCAACAAGUCUCAGGGAAGCAUUCGUCCAUUUCAGGUCCCAUCAAUUUAACUGCCAGCCACAGUAAAGUGGAGGAUUCUUCUCAGCAUUAUGAGCAGCAUGUUUCAGGAGAUUGUUGCCUUUUUUUUCUCUACCGCUGGGUGGAUACUGGAGUCUUCUACCUUGCCGACUGACUACUGGAAGGUGUCUUCAGAUGAUGGAUCAGUCAUUACCACAGCUUCCUACUGGUCAAAUCUUUGGAAGACCUGUGUGACUGAUUCAACAGGAGUAUCCAACUGCAAAGAAUUUAUCUCGAUGCUGGCACUGGAUGGUUACCUCAUAGCUUGCAGGGCACUCAUGAUUUCCGCCGUCAUUCUGGGCUUUUUCGGCUCUAUAUUUGCCCUUGUGGGAAUGAAGUGCACAAAAAUUGGAGGAUCUGACAAAAACAAAGCGAGGAUUGCCUGUUUUGCCGGUGUGCAUUUCAUUCUUAGUGGCCUGUGCUCACUCUCAUCCUGCUCCAUCUAUGCGCACCGGAUAACAUCAGAAUUUUUUGAUCCAAUGUUUAUCGCGCAAAAGUAUGAACUUGGAGCUGCUCUCUUUAUUGGCUGGGGUGGAUCUGUCCUCUGUAUUCUCGGGGGCACCAUGUUAUGCUUCUCCAUUGCAGGUUCUUUUACCAGUAGCAAAAGAGAGGUAAACUAUAUCUACAGAGGCGCUGCCUCACAUUCUCGUAUCUCCUCCUACCCAAAAGGGCAGGCGAAGUCUGUAAAUCAGAGGCUAACUCCAGACAACAGCACCUCCUCCAGGAUCCAGCACUUUGAUAAGAAUGUUUAUGUGUGACAAAUGUGAAUAUACUUUUGGUUAAAGCCACGUUUGGGUACUAGAAGAUAUAUUAAUUGUUAAUUAUAGCACAGUCUGUGUGACUUUGUGGUGUUGGUCAAACAACAGUUGAAUGUACUGAUAUUGAUUCAUAUCUCACCAGGAAAUCAGUGUCAAAUCCUUACAUGUUUUUUGAAGCUGGAUCUUUUUUUCUUGUUUUUAUGAUACAGUUUACUCUCUGGACUUGGGGGGAUCAAUAAAUCAAAAACAUUUGGCCCACAACAGAGAUUUCUAAUCAAAUGCUUGCAUCAUUUUCUAUUUUUGGAGCUUUUUUAUGGCGAUGAGCACGUUCUAUUUAUGUACAAAAUUGGAUUUGUUGGUUAUGUCUUUAGCUGUAUGUAGCUUCUGCGUGUCUGUCAUUAAUCUGUAAUGACCGCAAUUAAAAUGAUGACAGACACCCAUUUAUCUUGUUGAAUAUGACGUAACCAUAAACAACCUUUGUAGUGUACAAACUUGUAGAGGGUAAAAAAACAUGCUGAAAUGUUUGGUGAAUUAUGAGCAUUCUUGGUUCCUUAGCACAUUGCUGUGUUUAGUUAAAACAUGUUAAAGUAAAUACAACUAAGUUGCAGCAAA